UACCCAUGUACUUAGCCUACACGUAAGCACAACCACCAUGUUGUAUCUCCACCAGUGAUAUUGUGACCAGACAAUCAACUUUGUAAAGUUUGGUGUUGGACGUCCGAGAGGAGUGAACAGCACGGAAAUGACAUGUAUUCUUUAGCUGUUAUCUUGGGUUUAUUUCUUCUGGCGGACGGAUGGAACCAGAAGGUUACAGAAGCCGACAUGAAGCUCGAGAAACUGCUCCAAUUGCUCAUGGAAAUGAAAGUAGAUUUGCUGUUCGAAGCUGGCAUUGAUGAAUCCUGUAGCGCGAGUGAUGAAGAAGUCACGCAUGGUUGGUUGCGGAAAAUCAAUGAGGAAUACCGAAUUGAAAUGAACAGAAAUGUGUUGGAUAACUGGAACUACGAGUCCAACAUCACCAAUACUACAAAGAACACGAUGACGGAAAGCAAUGUGAGGUUCACGGCAUAUGCACGACAAUUGGGGGAGGAAGCUGGUAGGUGUAGGAAUCCAAACUUCUCUGAUGAUAUCAGCAGACAGCUGAAGCUGUUGAGCCAGAUAUACUCGCCCAAAGACCCGGAUACUGUCAAGGAGUUGGAGGAUUUAAAAGCCGAUCUUACCGAAAUAUAUGGAAGUGCUGUAGUAGAAAUGGACGGGGAAAAGCUACAGAUCGAACCAGAGCUGACUGAAAUCAUGGCUAACAGCCGAAACGAGGCGGAGCUCCGGGAGGCAUGGGAAAAUGGCGUGACGUCACUGGCAAACAGAUGAAAAAAAAAUUUACUAGAUUGGUAGAACUUCAGAACACUGGAGCCAAGGAUAACGGUUACAAAUCACAAGCGGAGGUCUGGCUUACGAUAGAUUUCGACGAAAUUAAUGGGGUAGAGAAAAUGUGUGACAAAUUAUGGACAGAGCUGAAACCUUUGUACUCAGAACUUCUCACAUAUGUCCGAAAUAAACUGGUGGAUUUCUACAGGGAUGACAUCACUUUUCCAGACGAUGGGUCCAUACCCGCUCACUUACUUGGUAAUAUGUGGGCGCAAGAUUUUGAAUCAAUUUUCGAUAUAGUGAGACCUUAUGAUAUACAAAACGAAAAUUACGAUGAUGUGCUGAAAGAUCAGGGGUAUACACCAGUGAAAAUGUUUAUGAAGGCCCAGGAGUUCUAUAUGUCUCUAGGACUGCCGAGAAUGACGAGAAAAUUCCGGAGGAAAUCUAUUAUUGUAAAACCAGCUGGUCGUAAACUUGUUUGUCAUGCCUCUGCGUGGGACUUUUUUGACGACGACGAUUUCAGGAUUAAGAUGUGUACCAAUGUAACUAUGGAUUACUUUGAGACGAUUCACCACGAGAUGGGUCACGUGCAGUACUUUAUGGCAUACGAGAAUCAGCCAGUCGUCUACCGGCGAGGCGCAAACGGGGGAUUCCAUGAAGCUAUCGGAGACACCAUUGCCAAUGCUGUCCGAACACCCCAACACUUGUGUGAGUUGAUUGGAGUAGCCUGUCCGAGUCCGGGCGUAGACACGCACGAGGCGGAUAUGAACUACCUGAUGAAGAAAGCCCUCUUAAAGGUUGCUUUUCUUCCAUUCGGCUUACUAAUCGACAAGUACCGAUGGGCAGUGUUCAGGGGAACCAUCAAACCAGAACAUUACAACUCCGAGUGGUGGAAGAUGAGGAUGGAGUACCAGAUGAUAUCUCCUCCAUCGCCUCGAGGGGAGGAGUAUUUUGAUCCAGGUGCUAAAUACCACGUGGCCGCUAGCGUCCCCUACGUACGCUUCGAAAGUCUGAUGCAGAAUAAUGCUUUAAUGGGAGCUGAAACAGGAGUGGCUAGCGGGACAUAUUACCCUCUAGGCCAGCAGCAGGUUGCUGUGUUUGACGACAGGUUAGCUAUAGUCAAGAUUAUACAACUGCACAGAUAGAAAUAGACGUUAUCAUUAAAAAGGUCUGUUGCAUUUUAAAUAAACGUAGACAUAUAUAUAUGUAGCUACGAAACAAGCGGUACAAAAUGAUACAUAAAUUGAAAGGAAGCGAUCUGUAUGUUUGGUAUAUAACAUUAAGAAAGUGAAUUGCAUGUUUGUUAUGACGUUAAGGAAGCGAUCUGUGUGUUUGGUUGAUGACCUUUUGUAUAAGAAAUAAGAAAUGUGAGGAUGAAGUGUGCCCCAUCAUUGGGAUCGUCUGAAAAGUUUAAAGUACAAGACAUCAUGAUAUGAUUGAAACUGAUGCCUUUUACAUUUUUGGUUCUUUGAGUCAUAAAUCAGACAUAAGGAUUUUAAGAAACGGGAAAAAGCAUUAAAGCGUUUUUGUCUACUUUACUUAAUGAUUUAUACGCCCUAGCCUGAUAAACUUGCCUGAUACAAUACCGAAUAUAAUCCUAGAUGAUUGACAUCGCUGAUUGUACAUAGAUAGAACAACAGCAUGUGAAAUACCAACACCGUUGUGAGACAACCUCCAAAUGAGUCCACGCUCACUCCUCGACCUUGCAUCAUUCUUAUGUUG